AUGCAGACGUUGCAUCAGGUUGUUGAAGACGGUUCCUUCUGGCUGUUGCCGGACCGAGAUGUCCUGCAGUUGAUAAAAUCGGAAUUUCCCCAGGAACUCGAACGACUGAAGAACGCGACCUUUGUGCGGAGCUCUAACGCGCCUCGUCCCCCAGGGCCUUCUAUUGCCGAAUUGCUAUACGGACAGGAUUACCCCGAGAUCAACCGCACUCUGGUCGGCGUGCUCGCGCUUCGCUGGCUUCAUAAUGACGACUAUGAUCGUUUCAUCGGCUCCCAGGGACCCCCGCCCAUUGUGCUGAAGCGCGAGUCUUUCGCAUGGCUUCGAAGUCUCUUCGACAAAGGUCUCCAGUCCACGGAGGACACAUACACGUUGAUCGUUUCGAUGGUCACCAACGAUCUGGGCAAGGACCCGGCCCUCGCUGACGAUUAUGCGAAGAAAGUGGGCAUCGACAUCUCGAAAGUCAACCACGACAUGAUCCUAUACCAUGCAGUCGAAGAGGGUAUGGUCCCCGCGCUAGACCGCCUGACGAAGCAAGCUAGAGACUAUCUCCUGCUGGGCAUCAAGCUGGGUUCGGACUUCAACUUCGGCCAACUCGCGCAGGCGGAGAACGCCCCGGCCUCGCUGUCCGGUCUGCUUGACAUGCGCGGCCACGAUCGCGCCUUUGAAAUGCGCUUCAUGGAGCAAGUCCUCGACCUCGCGGGCGCGGCUGGGCACGAGGACUGGACCUGCGCCAAGAAGAUGAUCGAGCCGAUCUUCCAGUCGUACCGGAACGUCUAUGAUGUCGCCCACGGCAUCAUCUACGAAGGAAUGCCGCUCAGAGAAGGGUACGACAUCAUCCUUCGUCGCAAGCUCGCAUUGCUCCACUGGGGGGGAUAUUCGCGCCACUUCGACAUCACCCGGCCGGAAGAUCGGGCCCUGAUGCGUCUGUUCUGCCUGGGCAACACGACGGACGCGGACAACGCAGAUAUCUUCUACACGGCGUUUACGCAGCGGAUUCCCUCAGAAACACGAUCGCAGCUGACACACGGCUUGAACGUCGAUGGCUCGGUCGACGAACCGGCCGUCCAACCGACUUAUCUACCGGCCAUGCUGACGAAGGCGGUGGGAAACACCGCGACUGGGUCGCAGGAGGACAAGAUCGCCGCCGUGGCUGCACUGUUGCGGUUCCUGGGCCGGUGUUUUGUCGUCGAGCCCGAAACUCUGCAGAGCCUGCCGCGUGGCGUGACGGUUAUUGAGCGGGACGUGAGGAAGCUCAUCCCCGUGCUGGAGAGCGACGAGUUCAAGCGCAACCCAGACGUCCUGGACAAGGAAAGCAUACCUGAGGGUCAAGUCGCGAACAUGGCGCCCGGGCUGGAGGCCAUGCGGUGGGAGAGAGAACGUAUGAUGUAG